GUCACACUCUCGUUCAGCAGACAUCGUUGCGCUGCACAGCGGGCCGCCGGCUGUGUUCACCUUUCCUCGUGAUGGCGCCGAGACUGGAGGUAUAAAGGGGCUGGAUAGGGUGUCUUCAAGGGAUCAAACUCGACCAUGCUCUUCUGGCUGCUCCUGGGUUUGCAUGCGCUAGUUGCCGUCCGGGCCUCCGCACCUGCUGGGCCCUGGGACGCUUUCAACUUCGCCCCGAAAAGCCGAACGGUAUAUCCCACCGCGGUCAAGGUCACCCAUGGUGGAGUGCGGAAUGCGAACGCUCUAGUAACGAAGGGUGCGGCCACCCUAUCCGGGAACGGCUCCUGGCUAGCUCUUGACUUCGGUGUCGAGGUUGGAGGUCUCGUAUCCCUCAACUUCGGCAAGGUCACGUCUCGGUCAUCAAUAGCCCUAUCGUUCACGGAAUCGCCUAUGUUCAUCAGCCCUCUCACGUCAGAUGAUUCGUCCUAUCCCUCUGCGAAUAUGUCCUUCGACGGUGUUCUUCACGUCCCCGCACCUUUGCCGACUGGCUUCUGGACCCAACCUGCUGCGAUGUUGAGAGGAGGGUAUCGUUACUUAACGAUUGUCUCGACUUCCGAUGAACCGGUGACUCUGUCUAACGUCUCCUGCGCCAUUUCAUUUGCCCCGCACUUCGCGAAUCUGCGCGACUAUAGCGGCUACUUCUUUGCUUCGGACCCGGAGUUCCACGACAAGAAUUUCUUGACGAAGCUCUGGUACGCAGGGGCGUACACUGUGCAGACAAACACGGUUCCGCUGAACACCGGCCGCCAAGUGCCUUUCGUACAAUCUCCAGGUUGGCUGAACAACGCGACCCUUGGUGUCACGGGCCCGAUAAUCGUCGACGGAGCUAAGCGCGACAGAGCCGUCUGGCCAGGCGACAUGGGUAUCGCGGUUCCUACGCAGUUCGUAUCUACCAACGACCUGAUCCCUACGCGCAACGCCCUGUCUACAAUGUUCGCUGCGAUCGACCCCGUCACCGGCGCACUGCCCGAGUCCGGGCCUCCCCUCAGCCAGCUCGGAAGCGACACGUACCACGCGUGGACAUUGAUUGGCACCCACAACUACUACCUCUACUCCGGAGAUGUCGACUGGCUGCAGACCGCGUGGGCAAACUAUACGAAAGCGGUCGCGUUCCUCGAGGGCAAGGUUGACUCGUCCGGGCUGAUGAACGUGACCGGUCUGCGCGAUUGGGCGCGCCUGGGCGGUGGCGGCCACAAUUCGGAAGGCAACGCGCUGCUGUUCCAGGUGCUGGUAACUGCGGCGGACCUUGCCUCGCAUGUGAACGCAACUUCGCUCUCGUCCGCCUGGAGCGCGAACGCGACGGCGCUGAAACAGCGGUUCAACGAGGUGUUCUGGCUGCCAAGCGCCGGAUUGUACCGCGACAACGACACGACCACGCUCUGCCCCCAGGACGCGAACUCGAUGGCGGUGCUGUUCAACCUCACUGCUACGCCGGAGCAGGUGGCGUCCGUCAGCGAGGGCUUGACGAAAAACUGGAACGAGCUGGGGCCGGUCGCGCCCGAGCUCCCGGACACGAUCUCCCCGUUCAUCAGCGGUCUGGAGCUACAAGCGCACUUCGCGGCAGGCAAUGAUGCACGCGCGAUGGACCUCCUCCAGCGCGAGUGGGGCUACAUGCUGUACACGAACCUCAGCGUGCAGUCGACUCUGCUCGAAGGCUUCACCGCGAACGGAUCCCUCUCUUAUCGCAGCUACCGCGGGUACAAUUACGACCCCUCCUACACCAGCCACGCGCACGGCUGGAGCUCCGGGCCCACCUCCGCGCUGACAUACUACGUGCUCGGGCUCACCGUCACCUCGCCGCAAGGCAGGACGUGGUCCGUCGCACCGCACACCUCCGGGCUCAGCGCUGCCGAGGGCGGUUUCACGACGCCUCUUGGGUGGUACGGGGUGAAGUGGGCCCUGAAGAACGGUUCGUUCGCGCUGAACAUCGAUGUGCCUGAGGGGACGACCGGGUCUGUCAAAUUGCCGUUCGCCGGCCAGGUCCUGGUGAACGGAAAAGCUGCCCAGGUGGAAGAGGGUGACGCGCUGCAGUUGGGCGGCGGAAAACAUGCGGUGCUGGUAUCAAAGUGACGCCUUUGUAUUUGAUGUGCGGUUAACGAAGCAGAUUUCUUCGUAUCCUGGGCAUGUACUGGAAUUGAAGUG